UCCAGUCACGCAGUGUGUAAUCGGGUCUGCGUAGCGCGCACUACACUUUAGUUGAACUAUCCUCCGUGAAAAGCUGCUCUAGGAGCAACUGGAACCCGAACAACUGACCCAGAUAUGAGUGGAAUCUGCUGAGCAUGUGGGUAUUCGGUGUUCAAGCACUUCCAGCACACACACAGACACGCACACACACAGACACGCACACACACGCACACACACAGACACGCACACACACACAGCCUGAUCAUGGCGACAGCGGCCGACGGCUGUCCUCCGGACCGGCGGGGAUGGGUGGAGUUCAUGGAGAACGCCUCGGGACCCCGGACGGAGCCCCCAGCAGUGGCUCAUGGAUUCUUGGAGUCUAGCUCCGCCCCUGCUGAUCCUUCAUCAGCUGGCUUGGCUCCGCCGGCACCGCAGAAUUCCUGGGUUCUGUUCGAUGAGAACCCCUGGGCCUCCCCUCCACCUCCACCUCAGGUAAAAGCCCGCCACAGUGUUUGCUCAACGGCCAGCUUCUGGAGCACUGCACCCACUUCAGAGAGCAGUUGGACCGGCCAAUCGGAGCAGAGCUUGGCCAGCAGUGGGGCGUCGCCCUGUGACCUCAGCUCUGUGGACCCCGGCCCAGAGGAGCCGUCACUCACAAGCGCCGACGCGUGCACGUUCUCCAAAGACGAGGGCAUCGACGUGGACUCGCUCAGCUGCAGCUCCGGCGGCCGGCAGACGAGCAGCAGCCCGUCGGACGCGGCCGGCCGGCUGACCUCCUGGGUGACCUUCGAUGACGACGCCACCGGCCCGCAGCCGCCCCUCCCUCCCCCCGGGCCGCCCCCUCCUCCCGGCCUCCAGGAUGGCAACGGUAACCACGUGGUCGCCCGGGCUCGGAGCCAGAACCGGGGGCCGAACGACGGGCUCACGCAGCCCCCCCGGGACCCCCCGCCGGCGGGCGCCCAGCCUCCGGGGGACGGCAGCGCCUCCUACGCCAAGAGGAACCCGUUCCUCCACGAGGCGUUCAGUGACGUCAAGCCCUCCAGCCUCAACCCCUUCAGCUCCUUCUUCGGGGGCGGGCAGGAGGUGGGGCACGGGUCCCCAGCAGGCGGUCGACACCCUGAGCCCGGCUCGGACUCACCCUCCCCCGCACGCCAGACACAGAACCCCCCGGCAAACCUCCCCUUAGGGGGAGGAGGAGGAGGGGGAGGGGACCUUUUCCAGGACGGCCCCAUCACUAACGAGCUGCACUACCUGCGGAGCCUGCAGCCCUCUGACCCCGACGGCCCCGGGGGUGGGGGUCCCUCCGACGGAGACGAGGGCGUGGAGGAGGGCGAAGAGGCGCUGGAACGGCCGGAGGAGGAGGAGGAGGAGGAGCCCUACCUUCCUCCCCACAUGGUCCCCCAGGACGGCUGGGCCAUGCUGCUCCGCAUCCCGGAGAAGAAGACCAUCAUGUCGUCGCGCCACUGGGGGCCCAUCCACGUGCGCCUGUCGGACGACGGCUUCCUGCGGCUCUUCUACGAGCGCGGGCUGGACGCGCCCUUCAGGUCGCUGCGCCUGCUGCCGCAGCACCAGCUGUCGGAGCCCCGCCUCCAGAGCUACGAGGACGCCGGCCGCGUGCACACACUGAGCGUGGAGCUGCUGCAGUACCGGGAACGCCGGCGCUCCAAGCUGCCCGCCGCGCUGUCGCCGCUGCCCGCCGUCCUCACGCCGCUGCGACAGCAGCUGGUCAAGCUGGCCACGCCCUGUUACCAUGACUACCUGAGCUGCAGACACUCGCUGCUGCAGCUGCUGAGGCGGCUGCCCGGGCCCCCCCCGGGGCCCCCCGCCCCCCCGGGGCCCGCCCCCCCCCUGCCCUCCGAGGAGGAGAUGCACGUGGAGGUGAGGGACGAGUUCUACGGGGUGGCGGCGGCGGCCGGCGGGCGCGUGGAGCAGCAGCUGGUCAUCACCCGGGUCAGCGUGCUGGCGCUGGUCUCAGGCCAGCCGCGCUGCCAGCUGGGGCUCAACGACCUCCAGGUGAAGGGGAAGGAGCUGGUGUCUCGCCGGGACAUCGUCCCCAACAGCACCGCCCGCUGGAUCCGUCUGGACGGCCCCGAGCUGCACCCCCUCCACGCCGACUCCGCCCACUUCCUGUCCACGCGCGCCGUGACCUUCACGCCCCCGCCGCGCUGCCGCUUCGAGCUGCUCCGCUUCCGCACGCCGUUCUGCGGGCGGAGCCUGCCCUUCAGCCUGCGGACCACCGCCGCCGUGGCGGGGGCGGAGGUCGUGCUGCAGUCCUGGCUGCUGAUGGCGCCCGGGGGGGCGGAGCUUAACGCUGUGCCCUGUGAGGACGUGGCGAUCCGGUACCCCAUCCCUGAGAUCUGGGCCAAGAUCUUCCGGCGGGAGGGGGUGGGGGGGGAGCGCUCCCUGAAGGCGCGCUUCAACAAGGGGGCGGGGCUGGGCUGGGCCAGCCCCUCGGGGGCGGGGCUGGGCUGGGCCGGCCCCUCGGGGGCGGAGCCUGCCAUGAGGGUGACGCUGGGCACGGCCAAGUACGAGGCCGCCUUCAGAGCGGUGGUGUGGAGGAUCCCCCGCCUCCCCGACAAGAACUCAGCGCUGGGUCACCCGCACACCUUCUUCCUCCGCCUAGAGCUGGGCUCGGACCAGGAGGUGCCCCGGGUGCUGCAGCGCCAUCUGGAGGUGGAGUUCGACAUGCCGGCCGCCGCCGCCUCUCAGGCCACGGUGCGCUCGCUGUCCGUGGACGACCGGCCCGACGUCAGGAAGUGGAUCAACUACAAGGCCCACUUCUUCUACCAGGUCCCCAUAGAGCAGAAGAGGGAGGAUAUCCCGAACACAGCGAACACGCCUGCGGACCAGCCGGGAGAAUGUGCACAUCAGUGACGAAUGGCCCAGUGGAUCCACUGACUGAACUCCUUAGAGCGAUGUGGUGGAAAAGAGAUACAGGAAACAGAACAGGGAAACUUUUUGCACUUUGAAUCAAAGCCACCUGUUUUAUGGCAGGGCUUGUCUUUAGGGCCGGGUUUAGCUUUAGGGCAUGUCUUGUCUUUAGGGCGGGGCUUGUCUUUAGGGCGGGGGUUUUCUUUAGGGCGGGGCUUGUUGGUGUUACCUUCACAACGAGGCUGCUGGCGUCUUGUUUAGCACGAUUUCGGCUCACAUGUAAUACCAUAAAACGAACGGCUGUUUUUGGCCUGUUUGAGGUACAUUACUAACUGAUUAUGGAUUAUUAAUCUAUAGCAUUAUCGUCAGGGUGGAAUUCUAUUUUUACUUAAAUGUAUGUAAUCUAAGGGACAAACUGAGUGUGUUAGCUGCCUAUCUAAUUUGCUAUGUGCCAUGUGAGAUUACAGACACACAUUUUGUACUUUUCUAUCGGAGGGUUGCCCACUUUGUUAUUGUGGCCUUAUUGAGUGUAAAAUGAGCUGCAGUGGUCUGCAACCAAGCGGUACAUGUUGGCUUUGUUUAACUGGAUUGAACUGGAUACUGAAUGUGGCGUUAUAAGGACCCUGUUGUUCUGUUAUGAAUGAAUUAAGUAUCUUUAUGAACAUGCUUGAACAACAGUGUGGUUUCAAAUGUGCCUGCAGAGUAAGGUAUGGAUGUAUUCAUUUAUUCUGCUACAAAUCAAUAUCAUUUCAAUUAUGAUGAGGAUUACAUGGAAAUGUGUCAAUAUUAAUACAAUUUGCUUUCAGUAUAUAAACCUUUGGUUUGGUCAGUAUUUGGCUUACAUUCUCAAUACGAUACAUUAUUUGGUAAUGCUAAACAUAGCUUUAUGAUGUCAAGAUCAAAACCGUUUUGUGUCUUAAAUGUUUAUUUUUCCUCUUUUUACUUUAUGUGAACCUCAUGUCCAAUGUGCACCUGUACUACUAAUGUAAAUGGACAGCAGUGGCAGGCUGACUAAACAAGCUGUACUGAUCUGUUGAUGAAUAAUAGAUUAAAGUGUUUUCUAGCUUUAAUGGUCUGUGGUCUAGAUCCAGGUUAUAUGUAUAUGACUUCUUCUACCCCUCCAUAUGAAUGUCCAAAAUAAAAGUGUAGCCUCUAGUGUGUAGCUCAGGCCAGCUGGGGGCCACUGAACCCACAGGACGGUCAGCCCAGCACUAACUUUGGGAUGAUCUUUUUUAUCUUUUUAUUUGUAAAAUGACAACCAUGUAUUCUACACUGCAAGUUCAUGAGCUAAUGCAGUUUGGCGUGUCUUUAUUGUUUGGAGAGUCUUAACCAGCUCAUUGUGCUAUCUGUCCUUCACGCUGUCUCCGUCUUUAAAAUGCAACUCCCAAGAUAGAUCAGAUUUUAUCAUGGUUCUGGUCAAGGGGUUUGUGCAGAAGAGGUUGGGUAGAAUUUAGAACACUUUUGAGUCGAUCCAGUUAGUCCGCUUGGUCCCAUUGCGGCAGCACGCUGUGUUUCAUACCUGGGAUCCUGGGCUACUUGGAGAACAGGGAGUUACAACACGGGCCCGGCCAAAAAAACUAAAACAAACAGAUAUUUAAAGGGAGAACAUGCUGGAACAUUGGUAUUCAUAACCAACGACUCUCUCCACUCAAUCACAAAUAAUCUCAAGGACAUGGUUGGAGGAAAGAUUUGACAUUCAAUUCACCAAACACUUUAGUUUAAAAAACACUUAUUAAUUAUUAAAACAUCAAACCGUAAAACAACUUAAAAAAAUCAAUAAAAAAAAACGUUACAGUUGUAAAAUAAUUUCGUGGCAUUUCGAGUACAUUGUUCUGAGUUCAUGGAUCUGCCUGAGUUCAUGGAUAACUAGUGGUGUUCAUGUUAACUAAGGUUAUAGUGUCAUGUUAGCUAGUGGUGUUCAUGUUAACUAAGGUUAUAGUGUUCAUGUUAACUAAGGUUAUAGUGUUCAUGUUAACUAAGGUUAUAGUGUUCAUGUUAACUAAGGUUACAGUGUUCAUGUUAACUAAGGUUAUAGUGUUCAUGUUAACUAAGGUUACAGUGUUCAUGUUAACUAAGGUUAUAGUGUUCAUGUUAACUAAGGUUAUAGUGUUCAUGUUAACUAAGGUUACAGUGUUCAUGUUAACUAAGGUUAUAGUGUUCAUGUUAGCUAAGCUUAUAACCCUGUCUGCGUCAGGUUCAGGUCUCAGAGCUCUGCGGGGCUCGGACCGAGGCGGAUCUAUGAUCACAGAAGAGGGGAUAUUACUGAAAAGGAUUGCGUAAUAGCGUGUGAGAGCAUGUGAAGGUCAUUCAAGGCCCACACCGUGCGUGGGGGGGAGCUCUGAUUGAGUCAAAUUAGGCCUAAUUAAAAACCUUUAUUGAAAGAGCAUGACUAUAUCGACAACAGCAUAAUAAAGUUAUUACAGCUAUUUAAACAUACUAUUUAAAUACAAUGAAAACUGCAAACCCAAACAUUUCACGACCCAAUCAUGUCAUAUCAGGGUGUUUUGUUCGUUAAUUAUAAUAUUCAAGUAUUUUUUCUUUUGAAUUGUAGGCUAAUACAAUCCAAACUGACUAUGACUCUCACACUUAGCUAUAAAAUAAUAAAAAAAAAUCAUGAAAUAUCAAAAACAUUGGCCUAUUAUAUGUGUAAAAUACAUUUGAUUCAUUGAAAAUCAAAACAAGCCGUAAACGAUAUUGACAUAAUGGUUAGGGGAGGCUGGAUGUACUAUAGAGGUGGGGUUGAUCUAGCAGUGCUCUUAACUCUCCAAUAGAGGGCGACGCUCAUAACUCUCCCUAGAGGACAACGUUCAUAACGCUCCACUAGAGGACGACGUUCCCCCCUCUUGUUCCGAUACCGGUUUGGGCACAUGAUUCUCACGUACUACUAUUGACAUGUUAAGAGGGCACAAUUGUGUUUUUUUCCUCUUAAACGAAUUAUGGAACUUUGAUUAAAUGCUGGCUACAUUGAGGUAAAAGUAAAAAAACAAAAAAAACAAUAAGCUAGUUAGCAAAUUUGUUAUAUUACCUACAGGACAUUGCAC